UAAACAUUUUUAACUUUUUAUUACUUUUUUAUCAUCGUCUUUAUUGUAUCAUUUGUCUUUAAUUGACUUUUACGUUUAUUUAAUUUUCCUGUGCAUAUAAAAAUACUUGUGUUUAUUUUAAUUUGGCUUAUUUUGCCAUACAGAACUGUUUUAUUUUUACUGAAACACGUCGGCUCAAGCGAUCGAAUUUUUUCAUUUUCAUCUAAUAAAAGAGCUUAAAAUGGGCGAUAAUAAAAAAAUAAAGAUUGGUAUCAUUGGCGGCUCUGGGUUCGACGAUCCAUCGCUGUUUGAGAAUCAAAUCGAACGAGAACUACUCACUCCUUUUGGGAAGCCGUCUGAUGUCUUAAUUGAAGGAGAGAUUAAGGGAGUCUCGUGUGUGCUGCUCGCGAGACAUGGCAGGAAGCAUCAAUACCAACCGAGUGAUGUGAACUAUCGCGCGAAUAUCUGGGCAUUGAAAGAAGCCGGCUGCAGCCACGUGCUGGCCACCACAGCCACCGGAUCCCUGAUUGAGGAAUAUAAGCCUGGAGACCUCGUUAUUCUGGAUGAUUUUAUUGAUAGGACAUGGGGUCGCAAGUGCACUUUCUUCGACCGAACCGAGGGGGGACCACGUGGCGUAUGUCACUUGCCUAUGAAGCCGGCGUUCUGCGAGCGAGCGAGACAGGCGAUGCUAAAAGCAGCACGUGCGAAAGAGUACCCAUGCCACGAAAAGGGCACCGCUGUUGUCAUACAGGGGCCUAGAUUUUCUAGCAGAGCAGAAAGCCUGAUGUUCCGCCAAUGGGGCGGUCACCUCGUCAAUAUGACCACCGUGCCUGAGGUAGUGUUAGCAAAAGAAGCGGGAUUGAGUUACGCUGCCGUAGCACUUGUUACAGAUUACGACUGUUGGAGAGAAAACGAAUGCUCGGUGUCUGUGGGUGAAGUGCUGGCAAUGUUCAGCAAGAAUGUACGGAAAGCGGCCGAUGUGGUGAUAGACGCUGUACAGAUAUUAGCUGCUGACACUAAUCUUGCGUAUCUAGACGACCAUAAGGAACUGGUGUCUGGAGCAAUAAUGUUGAAGGAAUAGCAAUGUAGCAGUUGGACUACCAUAAUAAAACUAUGGACAUACAUAUUUUUGUAUUAAAAAAACUCAAGUCAAAUGAAUCUAUUUUAAUAUAAGAGCAGUUAAUUAUUAUUUUUAUAAGGCCACAAUCUUUUUUACGUAAUAAUGUUGUGUUAAUAUAUAAUAGUUGUGAUAACAACCACCGUUAUCGCUUCUCUAUGUUUCUGAUUGUUUAUUUAGUUAUAUUAAUAUUGGUAC